GCAGCCACAGAUGGAGACCAGAACCACAAACACAAACAACAGCCUGGCUCCCCACAACCAGGAAAAGGAAGGACCAGUGAGCGGAGGCUGGACAACACAAACAGGCCAGAGGAGUAUAAAUGCUGACCUCUCAGUGCCAGUAAUACACAUUCACACACACACACUCACACACAUUCACCGCCUCCUCCCAGCCCAGCCCAGCCCGCCAUGGCCGCCUCCACCAUGUCCAUCUGCUCCGACUCCUGCACCAACGCCUCCUGGCAGGUGGACGACUGCCCAGAGAGCUGCUGCGAGCCCUGCUGCGCCCCUGCCUGCUGCCAGCCCUGCGGCUGCGCCCCCGCCCCCGGCCUGACCCUCCUCUGCUCCCCGGCCAGCUGUGUGUGCAGCCCCUGCUGCCAGUCCGUCUGCACCAGCUGCUGCACGCCCUGCUGCUGCCCGCAGUCUAGCUGCCAGCCCUGUGGCUGCACCGGCUCGCCCUGCCAGCAGGCCUGCUGUGAGCCCAUGUGCUGUGAGCCCGUGUGCUGCACACCCGUGUGCUGUGAGCCCAUGUGUUGUAAGCCCAUGUGCUGCAGGCCCGUGUGCUGCAGGCCCGUGUGCUGCACGCCUGUGUGCUGCACAACCAUGUGCUGCACGCCCGUGUGCGGUGGGGCUUCCUCCGGCUGCUGCCAGCCCUGUGGCUGCACCUGCUCACCCUGCCCAAUGUCCUCCAGCGUGUCCCUGCUGUGCAGGCCCGUGUGCAGGCCAGCCUGCGGGGCGCCCGCCUCCUGCUGCUGCGCCCCCUGCUGCCAGCCCAGCUGCUGCCGCCCCGCGGCCUCCUGUGUCUCCCUGCUGUGCCGCCCCGCCUGCUCCCGCCCGGCCUGCUGCGGCGGCUCCUCGGGCCAGAAGUGCAGCUGCUGA